GAAUGUACAGAAUCUGCGGGCACCGUGACCGCCCCGUGUCCGGUCCCAGGGCGCUGCCGGUACCGGAGCGGGAGGCGGAGGCGCGGCCGGGGCUGAUCCCGCUGCCACCGGGGAGGGGCGAUCCCGGGGGGUCCCGACGCCCCAGGUGCGGGGAUCGCGGCGCUGCCACCCGUUGCCCUUUGCUCUGAGCUCAUCAACUCGCUUUGCCAGGCAAAUCAGCCCGGAGCGGGGACGGGGUGAGGUCGGUCCGUGUGUUUGUUUAUGGGUCUGUUCGUCCGUGUGUCCAUCUGUCCGUCCAUGUCCGUCUCCUCGCAGGGGGGUCCCGCAGCCAUGGCGCAGAAAUCGGACUCCCGGGACUCGGAUAACAGCUGGGUGCUGACGGGCACCGAGGGGCUGCCCGUGGACACGGUGGGACCGGAGCGGGAUUCAGCCUCGCACGAAGAUGAGGACGAGGGGGAAGGGGAGGAGGAAGGCUCCCCGGACGUGGGCACAGCUGAUGGCAGUGAGGAUGGAUCCGCCUCCCUGGGUGAAAAACAGAGCCCUGAGGAUGGGAGCUCAGAGGAACACUUGGAUCCCGGUGGCGGGGCAGAGCUCCCCAAGUCCGGCCCUACAGAGCUCGGCACGGCACAGAGCUGGGAGCAGGAGCAGCGCGAUGCUGAGCCGGGACCGCGUCCCGAGGCGCGCACCGCAGGGCCGCUGCCGGAGGAGGGGAGCUGCACCAGCAGUGACGACGACGUGGAAGGGCUGCGGAGGCGGCAGGUCCACCAGCCCCGCGCCGGGACCCCCCCUCCUGCACCCAUCCCGCGCCGGGUGACGCAGGACGAAGGCAACGAGGAGGGGCUCAGUGCCAACAAACUGCUGCUGGGAGCGCUGGCGCUGGUGGCCGUGGCUCUGCUGAUCGUCUCCGGCGGUUUCUACGAUGCGGCAGACGGUCCUGCAGACGUGGCGAGCCGCGACGCGACCGACGUGGAGCAGGAACCGGCGCCCGACAACGGCAGCGAUUCCCCGCAGAAGCUCCCCCCGGACAGCGGGGACGCGCGUAGCGUGCAGUCCAUGAGCGUGCUGCUGGACCGCCUGGCCAAGGAGAACCAGGACAUCCGCCUGAUGCAGGCCGAGCUGCAGGCCCACAAGGAAGAGCUGCAGGCGCUGCUGCAACAAAGCGAAGGGGCAGCGGCGGCGGCCGGGGUGCAGCAGCAGAGUUUGGCCAAGGAGAACGCCGAGCUCCGCGCCGCGCUGCAGCGUGAGGCCGAGGCGCUGCGGGCUGCACGCACCGAGCUGCAACGCCUGCAGGCCCGGGGGGGUCCCAGCGACCCCCAGCCCCGUGAGCACGAGGCUGAGCAGCAGCCCCACGGCCCCAGCGCCCCGGUGCGUGGGGAGGGAGCCCGGCACGAGGCACGGCAGCAGGGGCUGUUGGCGUCGGUGCGGCACGAGCUGGCAGCUGCCCUGCAGCGAGCGCGGGGCACGGGGGGGCAGGAGGGGCUCAUGGAGGAGCUGAGGGCGCUGGAGGAACGCCUGAGCCGGGAGCUGGGGGGGGGCGAGGGGGCUGAGGCGUUCCCCGGGCACUGGAAAAAGGGGUUCAAAGCAGAAAAGAAGGAGAGGGGGUGGCACAAGCGGGACGGCCACCGUGAGAGGGGCAAAGCCCACGGGCACGGCGGGGAGCCCCACGGGAAGGAACCCCACGGCAAGGAGCCCCGGCCACCCCGGGAGCACAGAGCGGGCAAAGCUGGGGGGAAAUGGUCCCAUGGUCCCCGGGAGCUGCCCCCCCUCAGCCAUUCCCGCGCCCCCCAGGGCUGCUCGGGGGUGGCCGACUGCGCCCGCAAAGAGGGCCGCGAAGCGCUGGGGGCCGCGCUGGAGCCCGUGCAGAAGGCGCAGUUCCUGCAGCUGCUGGAGGGCUUCAUGGGGCGGCUGGGCUGGGGGGGGCACUUCGGGGGGGUGGCGGCGCGGUUGGACGGCGCCUUCGGGGCCGACGGGGUCUUCGCCCACGACCGGCGGCGUUUCGUGGACUUCGUGGAGGAGGUGGAGGAGAUGCUGGAGGACGUGGCGCGGCGCGAGCGCGGCGACGAGGAGGCGGCCGACGGCUUCGAGGAGUUCGUGCUGCGGCACUACGCC